GUUCAGCAUGGCGGCGUUUGCAGAUUUAGACCUCCGAGCGAGUUCUGAUCUGAAGGCUUUGCGCGGAAUGGUGGAAACUGCCGCUCACCUUGGUUAUUCAGUUGUUGCCAUCAAUCAUAUUGUUGACUUUAAGGAAAAGAAACAGGAAAUUGAAAAACCAAUAGCAGUUUCUGAGCUUUUCACAACUUUGCCGAUUAUUCAGGGAAAAUCAAGACCAAUUAAAAUUUUAACUAGAUUGACGAUUAUAGUUACAGAUCCAUCUCACUGCAAUGUUUUGAGGGCGACUUCUUCAAGGGUCCGGCUGUAUGAUAUCAUUGCAGUUUUUCCAAAGACAGAAAAACUUUUCCAUGUUGCUUGCACACAUUUAGAUGUGGAUUUAGUCUGUGUUACUGUAACAGAGAAACUGCCAUUUUACUUUAAAAGACCACCAAUUAAUGUGGCAAUUGACCGAGGUCUGGGCUUUGAACUGGUCUAUAGCCCUGCUGUCAGAGACUCUACAAUGAGAAGGUACACGAUUUCCAACGCCCUCAAUUUGAUGCAGAUCUGCAAAGGAAAGAAUGUAAUUAUAUCUAGUGCUGCAGAAAGGCCUUUGGAAAUAAGAGGACCAUAUGAUGUGGCAAACUUAGGGCUGCUGUUUGGGCUGUCCGAAGGUGAUGCCAAAGCCGCGGUGUCCACUAACUGCCGAGCAGUGCUUCUCCAUGGAGAAACUAGAAAAACUGCUUUUGGAAUUAUUUCUACAGUUAAGAAACCUCGACCAUCAGAAGGGGAUGAUGAUUCUCUUCCAGCUUGCAAAAAAGCCAAGUGUGAAGGCUGAAGGGGAUGGACCAGCCUUCGUUAGCACUGCCUUUCCCCAUUUAUACCUCAUCAAGAGCAACAAAAAUAAAAUGUUUUCUGUGCAGCUUUAUGUUUAAGCCACUAAAAUAACAAAAACUUGUAUAAUUUUUUGUAAACUUUUUAUAAAGGCCAUCAGCUUAAUGAAUUUAGCUAUACUUUAAGAGAAAGAUUUGUUUGUUUAUCCUUUGUGUAAGUGAUGAAUGUUCUUUGUCUAAAACUUUCUUGUUCCUGUAAAAGUUAAUGCUUUUCUACUUGCCAUGCAUGACUUAUUCAUUAUUUUAAAACGAUACUGGGGCCAGGGACAUAGCUCAGUGGAAUAAGUGGUUGCCCGGCAAGCUCAAGGUCCUGAGUUUGAUCCCUAGUACCAUCAAAAAAAAAUAAAUAAAACGUUACCGAACAAAUGAUAACUUUGGGGGCUGACAGCGUAUCACGGGCGCCUCUGGCUGACCUGUUGUUUGAAGCAUCACUUUCAUCUAUGUGUUUACUGAAAAUACGGGAAAUAUUUAAAUUUGUAAAACUCUACUUCAAAAAAGACACAGUGCCACUCAUCCCCCUCAGAGUGCUCCUGCUCACUUGAAACACACUUGUCCUAUCUCUCUUGCUACUUUCUGAAGCCAUUCUGCUCCUGUAUUGUAAGUGUCAUUUAAUUAUACUGUUUCUGCUGCCCUGUUUUUGCUCACACCAUAAAGACAUGAAAGAGGACGUGCAGUGCUGCCUCGCAGUGGCAAGAACGGGGCCAAGUGGGUCUGAAGUGAGGAAGAGUAAUUUGAAAGGGCUUCAUAGCAAUGUCGUUACUGUAACUUCUUAUAAUCUAAAUAUUCACUGUAUAUUUUGAUCACUUGCCUUCAGAGUUCUCUAUAUCAGAAUUCUUAAAAUGUCUACAAUUUGUAGGAGAGGAAAUGUGCACAUAAAAUUAUCUUGGUCUCUUUCUGCAUUCUUCAGAAUGUACUUGAAAUAGGUUUCUUCCCUUUAGUUGGAAGAAAACCUAGUUUUGAUUUUCUUGUUAACUGCAUUUAGCAUAUGAAAGCACUUACUUGACUUAGAAAAACUUUGGGAAUAAUUUGUUUUGAAUAAUGAGAUCAUGCUAAGUAGAAGUAACCUUUUAGCAAAUAUCUGCAUUAAUGCUGUUCUGGUAGAGGAAAUACACCAAAACAUGAUAGCAAAUAAUCAAGAUGUGUAGCUGAAUAAGAAAAAUAUUUAAUGAAAAAGCUAUUGUAAGAAUCAGAGAAGUUACUAUUUAGAAAGCGUUAUUCCAAUCUAUGUGAAUGUAGAUGUCUAAGAAAAACACUAGAGAACCCACUAAAACUGUGUGCCUAGAUGAGAUUUAUUCCAGGAAUGUAAGGCUAUUUCAGUUCUUUAACAUUUUAAUCAGAUGAAAAAAAUCAGAGCCUUCUGAUAAAUUCCC